GGUAUAUAUAAGACCAGACAGCCCAUUCACUCUCCUUGCCAUGCCAGACACCCGUCAGGAAACAAAAAAUGGAGGAAUCAGCACUGGAUCAGCUAAAGCAGCACACUGUGGUGGUGGCCGAUACUGGAGACUUUAAUGCCAUUGAAGAAUACAAACCCCAGGAUGCAACCACUAACCCAUCGCUGAUACUGGCGGCUGCACAAAUGCCUGAUUACCAGGGCCUAGUCAAUGAUGCCAUUCAGUAUGGAAAGAAUCUCGGAGGGUCAGAAGAGGAGCAGAUCAAUAAUAUCAUGGACAAGCUUUUUGUCUUGUUUGGAGUGGAAAUCCUUAAGAAAAUACCUGGUCGCGUUUCAACAGAGGUGGAUGCCCGGCUAUCUUUUGAUAAGGAUGGAAUGGUGGAGCGUGCAAAGCGCCUUAUAGCUCUCUACAAGGAAGCCGGCAUUGACAAAAAAAGGAUCCUGAUCAAGCUUUCUUCAACAUGGGAGGGCAUACAAGCUGGCAAGAUUCUGGAGGAAGAAUAUGGAAUCCACUGCAACAUGACCCUGCUCUUCUCCUUUGCCCAAGCAGUGGCAUGUGCCGAGGCUGGCGUCACACUCAUCUCUCCAUUCGUGGGAAGGAUCUUGGACUGGCAUGUAGCAAACUCUGACAAGAAGAGCUAUGAGCCUUCAGAAGACCCAGGUGUGAAAAGUGUUGCCAAAAUCUACAACUACUACAAAAAAUUUGGCUACAAAACCAUUGUGAUGGGGGCCUCCUUCAGGAACACUGGUGAAAUCAAAGCUCUGACUGGAUGUGAUUAUCUCACCAUCUCGCCUAAACUGCUGAGUGAGUUGGCCAAAGACAACAGCAAGCUCACCCCAGCGCUUACAGUUAAAGAGGCCCAAGCAAGCAACCUGGAGAAAGUGCACUUGGAGGAGAGAGAAUUCCGGUGGCUGCACAACGAAGACCAAAUGGCAGUGGAGAAACUGUCUGACGGGAUCAGGAAAUUUGCCAUUGAUGCUAUAAAGCUGGAGAAGAUGUUAAAGGAGCGCCUCUGCAGUGCAGAAAAUGGGAAAUAAGGUGAUUCCACUCGUUUUGUACCCAAUACUGAUGUCUAGAUCAUUCCUCACCUUCACCAACCAGUGCUUCACUGGAGCCCUUCAUUUCUUCUCGCUGGCUUUAACGUUUUUAUCUACAAUAUGAAAAUAUCCAGUCGAAACCCUGCUACUGUACUUUUUUUCUUUUUGUACAUGUUCUACUGAUGCACUGAUUAAAGCCAGCUCUUGCUAAAAACAA